AUGGCCCACCAGGGAGAUCUAAACGAUGACAAGUACAUCGCCGAGCUGCUCGCCGAAGAUGCCCGCAAAAGUUCACUCCGGUAUUCCUCAGCUGGCAUGUCUGCUCUACUGCCAAACAGACCAACCAAUGCGGCCCCAAAGCCGAACACUCGCUUCUUACAGACACUCGUUCGAGAGGCCGACAACCACAAUGCGGCGCUCAAGAAAAAGGAAGAGCUCGAGGCGCGAAUCCGUCUGAGGAAGAUCAGAGAGGGUGGAUCUUUAGCAAGCCCGGAUCGUUUGCACGAGUCCGAGUCGAAACACAGGCAAGGGCACGAACGGCCUACCAAACGGCGGCGCUUGAGCGACGAUCAUCAGCAGUCGAGGUCGAGGCACCACCAUAGACAUUCCAGACACGAACAACGAACACGAAGAAGACACCCGAGCUCAGACCGGGACCGGUCAAGAAGCCCAGAUUCCAGGCAUCGACACAAGCGGAGAAAUCAUGCCAUUGAUGACGGCGACCGCUACCGGAGAUCCAAGCACCAUGAAUCCUCCGCCAACGAACCAGCAACAAAGUCCUAUGACAGGAGAGGGGAUCGCAGAGAGCAAGGAAGGCAGGCCGAUUCAACCAAGCGGCGACGGGAUAGGUCUCCCAGCGCUGACAAUAGAGACAAUGAAACCAUUUCCCGGGAAGGACGUCAGAGGGAGGAGCAGCACGACGAACAAAAGUUCAGUCAGAGAGGCCGGGGCGGCAAUCGAUACCGACGCAGCUCAUCCACGUCCACCGCAAAUACAGCAUCCUCCGACCCACUAACAUCCCUCAUCGGCCCACUCCCAGCCAAAAGGGAGAGUCUGUCAUCACCACCCCGAAAACGAGGGCGUGGCUUUCUAUCCCAAAGGACAUCAUCACAAGUGGCACCAUCCACGUCCAACAUCGACCACCACUUCUCUGCGGCCUAUAAUCCAUCACACGAUGCUUCUGAUAACGACAACGAUGAUGACGACGAGCAAGAAGACUGGGACAACGCGCUGGAAGCGCUGCGUGACCGGCGUGCGUGGCGCUCCAAGCAAGCGGAGCGGCUGCGUGAGGCUGGGUUCGGGGACGCGGAAAUCGAGCGCUGGGAGAAGAGCGCAACAAGACCCACGUUCUCAUCCGGCGGUUCAGGCGGAGGAGACGCUCGAGACGGAGACAUCCGAGACGUCAAGUGGCGGAAGCGAGGCGAGGAGAAGGAGUGGGACUCGGGAAAAGUGAGGCUGUCCGAUAAUGAUGACGAUAUUGACGACGAUUCGGACGAUGACUGCCCAAAGGGCGACAAUGAUCGCAGGACCAGGGCCGACACAAGCAACAACGCUCACAGAAAGCAUCCCAAAGAUGGACGCACCGGAAACGGCGUCCGGAGUCUAGACGACGUGUGGCAGCGCAAGGACAGCGGGUUCGCGAGGCAGUUCCGCAAUGCCCUUGGAUGA